AUGAAUCGUGUCACUGGAUGCUCUCUCUCACUGGCCUGUCUGAGUGUCCCAGAUUACACAGCUUUCAACCAGCUCAGCCAGCCGUUCCACUCUAUUUGUCACCUUACAUGUGUAUGUUUUGUGUGUUGGGGUGAUCCUGGCCUACCUGGUCCACCUGGUGUUCCUGGUCCUACUGGAAAACCUGGUCCACGUGGUGAUUCAGGGAUCCCUGGAGAGCCGGGAGAACGAGGGCCUGUGGGAGAGACUGGCUUCCCUGGACCUGAAGGGCCUCCUGGAUCCCCUGGAAGGCCGGGAAAAGAUGGAAUUCCAGGCUAUACGGGAGCCACAGGCAGACCUGGAGACAGAGGUACUAAAGGAGAACGGGGAGAUCCAGGGAUUCCAGGAGAAAGAGGAGUACAGGGAGAAAGAGGCAAGGCUGGAGAAAGAGGGGUCAUUGGUCCUCAAGGGCCGCCUGGACAGAAAGGAGAACCUGGAUCUUUAACAACACCAGGGAAUGUCAAUCUGUUGGGAGAUACAGCUGCCUUGGAGGAAAUUAAAACAUUCAUCCGAAAUGAAGUAUUGCGUGUAUUUGAAGAGAGGUUUUCAGACAGUUACUCCUCGCUACAGAAGACACCAGCAGCUAUAUUAGCUGCGCAGGGUCGACAAGGCCCUCCAGGGCCACCCGGUAAUGAUGGCUCCCCAGGACCCCCCGGAGAGCCAGGUCCCCAAGGGUAUCGAGGGCAGAAAGGGGAACGGGGUCAAAUGGGGUUGGGACUUCCAGGACCUCCAGGCCCCACUGGCCCACCAGGUUCACCCGGAAUAGGAUUCCAGGGUCCCCAAGGGCCCCCGGGUUCCCAAGGUCCAGAGGGAAGAUGUAACCCCAGUGACUGCUUCCGUCCAUACACCAGACGGGAUGGGUAGAAUCUGACACAUCCACAUCAAACCUGGAAACCAGUGAACCAGCUCAUCUUCACACGGAUUAAAUCCUAUUAAAACAAACGUAGGAUCCCUGCCGGAGGAGAAGACACACGCAAACUUCUUCCCCACAGAGCAGCCAUUACUAGUGAUGUCAUUUCAUCAUUUAUCUCGGUUUCAUUUCCCAUACUUGUGACCAAUGCAUUUACUCAUUUCCCAAGUUUUGUGAGUAUGACAUGAGAAUUCAAAUCUCAUCAUUACACUAAUCACACCGGACAGGUUUAUCAGAGGCGGCACGGUCAAGGCGAAUGCAGGUGAAAUGAGAAUUUACAUUUGCUUAUUUUCGUCAUGAUGUUGAGAAGUCUGAGUUUUAAUUAAAUUGUGAUGGCGCUAUGCAAUCUAAAAUAGAAAAUGAGUAUGUUAACAAAUAUUAAGUUAAUGUAAAUAACAGAAAAUGUAAUCGUUUUUAAACAUUUAAUUUUGAAAAAUAUUUAUAUAUAAAAGAAGUGUACUUUCCAGCCCUAUGGGAGGAAUAUUGCUUGUAAAGGGAGUUAAUGUCAUGUUGAUCACCUCAGAUGCACUUGUGUGUGUUGUGGUGUGUGUGUGGUGUGUGUGU